UACCAACGCUAAACAGAGAUUUUGACAUUCCAUUGAACAGAUAUUUUCCACAGAGAAAGACAGAACUGAAUGUGUGUGUACAAAGAGAAAAGUAAAGCCCGAGCUCAGCUGGAGCUGAACCGGCUUCAGAACCACGGACAGCAGCGCAUGGGUCUGUUGCUGACUUUUGGCUUAACGUAGGCUAUGGCUAUGAAAACCUGAAUCAUGUUUUCUUACGGCUUAAAAUCCCUCUCCGACUCUUUCAUAACAUGGGCCUACAAUUGCCCCAUUCACGGCUGCGGCAGGUUUAUAGCUGUAAUAACCUGUGCAGCAGAGCAUCGGUAACCCCAUCACAUGAUUGCUGCGGUCGCUGUGUGCGCCGCGUCCCUUCCUGAGCAGACGGCAGCAGCAGCGGCGGCAGCAGCCGGGGCUUCAUGUAAACACGCCGCGCACAGGGCUUUGUUUCACACACACACACACACACACACACACUCCGCUGGUAUCCCCACUCUAGUCAUGCCAUGGAUAUUUUGUGGCAAUACCAGUUCAGAAUCAUUUUACUCGGGGAUUCGACGGUGGGGAAGUCGUCGUUGCUGAAGCGCUUCACGGACGGAAUUUACAGCGAUGUGGCGGACCCGACGGUCGGGGUAGAUUUUUAUGCCCGCUCGCUUGAUAUCGAGCCCGGGGUGAAAAUAAAGCUUCAGCUCUGGGACACGGCUGGUCAGGAACGAUUCAGGUCUAUCACAACAUCAUACUACCGGAACUCCGUGGGCGGGCUACUUGUCUUUGAUCUCACCAAUCGCAAGACCUUUGACCAUGUGAGGGAGUGGCACAAGGAGGUGAGUGAGCACAUCCUGCCUCACCACAUGGUCUACAUCCUCAUCGGCCACAAGAGCGACCUCAACAAGGACCGCAAGGUGAGCCGGGACGAGGCUGAGCAGCUGGCGGCUGAGAUGGGCAUCCGCUACGUGGAGACGUCGGCCAAGUGCAACAGCAACGUGGACCGGGCCUUCGAGCUGCUGACCAGAGACAUCUACGAGCUGAUGAAGAUGGGGGAGAUUGUCACCCGCGAUGGCUGGGACGGGGUGAAGAGCGGCCUCACCGCCAAGGUCCUCUACCCGGCCGAGGACGAAGAGGAACUAGCUACCGCGACCGCUGAAAAGGGCUGCCACUGCUGACUGAGAAGUCUCUGUCCAAACACUGUCCUGUCACACCAAGAGCUCACCUCGUCUCACAGCUGUCCAUUGAAACCAAGUCACUCAGGCUCAGCACCCUGUGAUAUCACCACCCAUCACUUCCUCACCGUGUGCUCGUGCCCUCUCUGUGUUUUGGUUCUUCUGACAACUGGGAUUCUUUUCUAACGGGAGGCCAUUGUACAUCCCGAUGUGUAUCUUAUAGGCAAGUUGUAUCUCUAAAUUCAUGUGGUGUAGCAUGAGCUAACCUGUUUUUGGGCCUUGUUAGGUUCCAAAACCACAGAAAGGAGGUGAUCAGGUCUUGGGGCUCAGAGUGUAGCCAGUACUCCUUUUCACAGCCCUGGAGUUAAUGGUCUACUGAGUAUACUGAGGGUACAGAUAAAACCAUGGACUAUGGGUUUCUACCUGUCAAAGUUCGUGUGAUGCUUUGCCUGCAAUCUUUUGUGACUGUAAUAUUGUAAAUAAUAGUGAAAUCUAUAGAGAUGAAAGCUAAAAGGUCACUGAAAGCUAUUUAAUUGAUAGUGUGAACAGACACAGUGCACUCUUCAAUAAGUGUCACCAUAUUAAAUCAGUGUGCUCCUCCUGCUCCUGUAAGCUGUGUGUGCACUUACGCCAAACUGACUUAAACCUUUGAUCAUUCUGUCAAUAGAUGAGUAAUGUUUUUGUAAAAAAAAAAACUAUAUGGAUUGUUUCUAGUUUAGGUGAAUACAUAAAGAUAGGCCAUUGUAAUUAGGGUAGGUGGUCCCAUUUAGGUAUUUGUAUCAUAGCAUCAACAGGAGCAAGACAUUAAGUCAUCAGUCAUCAGACCUUUAAUGACUGUCAGCACUGGUAAAGAUGUGUUUGAUUAAGAACACAAGGGAGUUUGAAUUCCACCUGCGGCUGCUUGUUGCUUUUGUUCAAAGCUCAGUUCACAAAAAUAAUAUUCCAUUCAGGCCUGAGCUGAUGAUGGAUGCCAAAUCAUUAAAUCCAAUGGCGUGGAUAUAUGUGUUGCUUUUGUGGGCCUGUACUUUAUUCUGUGUUCCAGAGGUGUCAGUAGGAAAUAGUAGGUUUAAGUCUGGAGAAGCUUCCAAGUAGAAAACCUGGGCACGAUUUGUCAACCCUGAGGAUGCCACAUUAACAUGGAAGCAUACGCUGCAAAAGCUAAUUAGCAUUUCUUUUAACAUUAUUACAGUCCUUGAAACCCAGUUCAGUUUAUCUGGGAGUUCAGCAGUCCAGGGAACAUGCCAUGAAACCACGGCACACUGGAUUGGGUUUUUGGUAAGGGACCUUUGCCGCAUGUCACCGCCCCUCUCACUCAUAUUUCCUGUCACCUAUUUCCUGCCUGACAAAACGCUCGAUUUGAGUUUGCAAGGCCUUCGAAGAAUAGUUCAACAUUUUGGGAAAUAAACAUUUUUGCUGUCUUUCCAAGAGUUAGAUGAGAAAAUUCAUAUCUGUCUCAUUUCUGUGUAUUAAGUACAGAGCUCGAGCCAGGAGGUGAUUAGCCUAGCUUAGCAUUAAAACUGACAGCAGUUGUAAACAGCUAGCUUGGCUCCCUCCAUGGUUCAAAAAUACACCUACCAAGCAGCAGCUGUAAAGCUCAUGAAUUAACGCAUCAUAUCUUGUGUGUUGGAUCCAUACACUAAGUGUGGGAAAACUGGGGUAAAAUUAGGCCAGUAAACUAAAACCUGUGCUCACCGACUAUCGGUCCCGUGCUAGCCAGAGACGUUUGACAGAAGUGACAAAACUGUUGUUCACCAAAAAUAGUCAUUUUUACAUUUCUGUUUGGGUACAAAUGAAACAAAUGGCAUACAGCAUCUUACUUAGUAAGCUUUAGAGGUGUUUGUAGGUGUGUUUUAUUCACUUUGUACUGAGCCAGGCUAGCUGUUUCCCCCUUGCUUCCAGUCUUCAUGCUAAGCUAGGCUAGUCGCCUUCUGACUCCAGCUCCGUACUUAACGUGCAAACAUGAGACUGGUAUUAAUCUGCUCAUCUAACUCUCAUGAAGAAAGCACAUAAGUGUAUAAGUUCCCAUAAUGUUUAACUAUGUCCUUAAAACUAUGUCCUUAAAGCUAUAAAAAGGCCUGUUCUUACUCUUUCAGCCAGGACUUUCUUAACCUUAAUAUAAAUCUCAAGUUUAAAGCUGCACUUACUAAGUAAUGUCGACAUAGCUUAUUGUGAGAGUAUGUGGGAUUUACUGACUUGUGACAGCUGUAAUGGAGCCUGUGACGGUCAGCUUGCUGUUCUGAGCAGUGAGCUGCAUUUGUGAUGAAUGCAACUUUCAAACAUACAACAGUAACAACCUUUGGCACAGAGGAUCAUGUAUGCUUUCAAGUCUCCAGAGGCUGCAGACUUUAUUAAUCUGUUGUUUACAGGCCUGGAGCGUACAAUAGAGUACAGUACACUUUGCCUGGGAACUCAGCUCCCCUCCCACCAUUCAUUCACCUUUCACCAGCAUCUCACCAAAAAACCUAUUCACACACACGCACACUGUAAACAGCCAGAGAUUAUGCAUUCUGCAGUUUUUUUUUACUUUGACUUCAUGUGACCAAACGUACUUUUUUCUUUGCGUUGACAAAGGCUGUCUGGGUGAUCCACUAGAUAUACUGUACAGUAUUUGAUUGCAGCUUAGUAUUUGGUAAGGAAUGUAUUCUAAUACAUUUGCACCAUCCCUUUAUUUUUACUUUUCUGUACAGAUUCAAACUGUAAGCCUAUAGGUAAACCACCACCUGUCAUAGCCAGGCUUAGACACAGUAUACACACACAAUGUGGUUUUUGUUUGUUUGUUUGACAAUCAGAUGUUAGCAUUUUGUGGUCUUGGUGCAGAUGAGGACUUCAUCACAGGGGUGCUAUGCCUUGAAAUCUAGCUGAAUGUCUUUGCAACAUCCAAAAUCACCAUUUGACAACCAGUCUGACUGUGUUGAAUACUACAGCUACCUUCCUCAUCUAAACAGGGUUCAAUUGUAUGAUAUUGUCUAAAUUUGUAUGUUAAUACUGUGCUGUUAGCAAACUGUUCUCCAGUGAGCAUUCCCAUUCUUGAGCGCUGCACGUCAGAGGGGCCCGUUGCACUGCGCAGUGUGACGAUGGCAGCCUCAGAGUGUUGGGAAGCAGUGGUUCAAUUUAAAGGACAACACUGGAAAGCCACCGAGAAGAGAUGGCUUUUUGAAAGACUGACUUCAUGGGAAGAAAUAUUCUUAUUUCUCAUCAGCCAAGAAUAAUAUUACAGCAGGAUAAACAAUCGAUCCGAUAUUUAAACCUGCAAUAAGCUCAGCUGUUGUCACAACUGCAAAACUGAAAAGACAAAAAUCUUAAACAUUCAGGCUUAACAUGUACAUGUUUCAUUCAACAUGUUACUGAUGAUGUUUCAGGUACUGCAGAUGUCCACCUGUCUCUGUGCAGAGCGUUCGAUUUGAUCGCCUCACCUCCACAAGUCGAUAGUGGGUUAAUUGCUGCUCUCUGCGCACAAGAGGACACUGAGAUUCUGUUUCAACAAAAUGAGAAAACAGAGGCAAAAAGCCCCCAGGCUGCGUAAAAACCAGUGUAAAUUCUUAAUAAAUGCGCCUGUAGAUGUACAGAUAACAUGCAGUCUCACUACUGGGCGCUUUUCAGUAUAGCCUAUUUUGGUUGGUUUUGGACUAUUUAAAGUGAAGAAAUAUGCUAUUUUAUGUUAUUUUCUGUGCCAUGAAUUUGCAGCCCCUACAGCGUAUUUCAGUAAUAUGCCUAUCAACACCUGUAAAGCUCACUAAUUAACAGAUACAUAUGUUGAUUGGGGGUGUUUACCUGUUGGAACUGUUUCUUGGCGACCAACAGCCGGGAACAAUGACUUCCGGGGUCUUCUCGUCCCAGUGAGGUUGCCAGAUUUGGUACCAUCGUCCCUGUACAGCGACCUAUACCUAAACCUGUGCUAAUUGACAGCAUAGUCCGGGACGCGCUCAGAAGUACCAGGCGGAUGGAUAAACUGUUCUUCAAAAAAAAAAGUUCCAGCACGUCCCAGCAAAACCACAAACUGUCAUUUUUUACAUUUCUGUCGGUGUACAGAUCAAACCAACAAGAGACAACGAGUAAGUGAGCUUUAGAGGUGUCCGUAGGCAUAUUUCUGAGCUUUGGACAGAGUCAAACAGCUGAUGACGUGAAAUUAAUAUCAAUCUUCUCAUCUCACUCUCAGAAUGAAAAUAGAUGAGCAAAUUUCCCAAAAUGUUGAAUUAUACCUUUAAUGUUUUUUAUGUUGUCCACAGGAAUGAUCAAACCAACCCACUGACAGGGUUUCUGUACCUGAAAACAUCAGUAGCUGUUAGGCCUGCAAGGGGACAUAGCAGAGAACUGUUCGGCUCCUAAUCCCCAUGCUCACAUUUCACAGCUUUAUUGAAUGUUAUUUAUUUUAUAUAUAGUUUGAUGUGAUUUUAUUGAUUGGUUAACAAAAUAAAUCGAUGUCCAAUGAA